UACAAAAAGAAGUAAUUUUUUUACCUGGGGGCGGAAGAUCAGCAAAUAAAUCCAUCGCAUAUGAGCGUCAAAACUUAAUACUUUUAACAAUUUUUACUAUAUUUUUAUUUUGGUGAUUGUCAAACGCAUGCGGGGGUGCGAAUGGCCGCUUGCUGAUAAUCACAGGCCACAGCAGGCUCAGUUCGUCUUCAAGUAAAAAUACAUGUUGUUGGGACAUAAACAAUUUAUAAAACAAAGCGAGAUGUGAGACAGAUAAGACCUAUUAGCUCGUAGAGAAUAGGAACAUGAACGGGACGAAAUCGACAAACCACAACGAGAGUACUAGAUUAGUCUCGGGAAACAACAUUAGACCGACGGCGUGGGAAAAUACGGUCACACUUCGACGUUAAAAUCUGACAACGUGGAGCGAAAUUCUGGAAUGCUGCAAACUCAGGCAUCAAAUGGAACGAACCAAUCAGAAAAUAUACAAAGAACGAAGAUAUUCAGCUUCUCUGGGACUUUGAAUUCCCUUGGGACUAUUGACAAGCUUCCGGAAUUCAGAUUUAGCUGGAAUUCUAAUGAGGUAUAUGGCGGGAAUGGAAUUUGAUGUUUGUACUACACUGGUUACUGUUGUAGAAAAAACGUUCGUUUAUAGUACUUUUAAGUUUUGUAUUCAACAUUUUUAAGUGUGUAAUAGACUUUAUUAUUUAUGCAUGGCGACCAUAGAAACAAAAAUGUAGUCGACCGUAAGACAAUGAAAGUGUUUUGAAUUUGAAACAACAAUGAAAGAGUUUUGAAAUUCAGACAAUCGACUUCACAAAACGCAAACUCUUGGUUUUAAAAGUUCAGUCUGAGUGCAUUGAAAUUGCAGUCGUUCUUGUACGAAAUUUUCGAGUUUUUGCAUUAAAAUAAAUCUUAGAUUUUGUGCUAAAUAUUCAAUAUUAAGAACAUCAACUGUCAAGCAUGUCAAGCAUUUAAAUACACUUGUCCAUAAUUUCCCCUUCGAGGAACAAGGGCUAAUAUUUUACGAUUAUACAUAUUCUUUAUGAGUAUUUUUGUCGAUCAUUAAAUAAAAGCAAGUAGUUCUAUGGUCGCUAAAGAAAAUACAUAGUAUUUUGGGAUUGAUUUAGUUUAUAAAUUUACGUUUGAAAUAAAUUUUGGCAUUAUUUUUGAGCAGAGUUUACGUAAGGAUUAUUUGUAAUAUAGUCUCACAGCACGCCUGACAGGUGCAAUUAUAAUUCGUUAAUUACAUUUUACCGCGUUUGCGGGCUAUAAUGUGGGCCACCGUCUCGCAGAUAAGCUGUCCGUAUCAUAUUUAUAGAAGAACUGCCUACCACAUAUUUGCAUUUUAAUGGCAAUCUGUGUAAAAAACCUACUGAACCACUCAUAUGAGCUAAGACGCUAUUCUGUUAUUGAAAUAUAAACGUGCCUGACAGCUUAUGGGCAUUUAAUAACAGCAUUUUAAUAACAGUACUUAAAUUGCAAAACACCCUGAGGUCUCAACUCAGCAGGGUCAUUGACAUAAAACAGCAGCUUGAUUUACUAAAAUUUGAAUAUUAAAAAUAAAAUUUGGGAUUUUAAUAAAUUCUGUUGAGUGAUGAAAGGGAUCUAUAUAAGGGACUGGUCAUAAUUUAGCAGGAGGGGUGGGGAGGUGGAAACAGUGGGGGAGGGGUCACAUAUUUUUUAGCCAGGAAAAAGGGGGGUUCAUAAAAUAUUAGACAGUUUAUGAAGGUGGGGAGGGAGUCUGCUGUUUUAGUUCAAUCAAUUGUUUUAUACAUGUCUUCUCACAUUUUGUUCUUCUCACAUAAGGGGGGGGGGCAUUAUUUUUCCGGGUUAUGGAAAAGCAGGGUCACAAAAUAUCAUUCCUUAAAAUUUUGAAUUACACCUCCCCACCCCCCUGAUAAAUUAUGACCAGUCCCUAAUUACAAAUGUUUGACAUUACCUUGGUAGGGCCUGAAGGCAUUAUAUUUGGUUUUAGGAAGUUUUUUUAAUUCUGACAAGUUUAGAAGAACAUCAAAACUGGGCAGCAAGCGAAGUUAAGAUAAGGUAUUGUUCAAAAUAUCUCAAACCAUUAAAUCCAUUUACUCUGUCUAAUGCCAGAUGGUUUUACUUGUUAAUGGGAUAGUCUUGGGCUCCUUAACAUUAUACUGUUGUAAUAUCUAGAUCAUAAUACAGGGCUCGAAAUAACGGCGAUCAACGAUCAAUGAUCGGCAGGAAAUUGUUUUCGAUCGGUGAAGAAGCAAGGUUGCCGUUCAUCUUGAUCGGCAAGAAAUAUAUUUGACCAUUGUCUGAAAGACACGCUUACCUGUAGCGGUAAAAGACAAAUAGAAGUAAUAUAAAACACAUUAAAAAACGAAUUGAUAGUUGAUACAGUAUGAAUCAUAUGAUUAGUUGAUACGAAUCAUACAAGUACGACAGGAAAGGCCGCAAUACUAUUCUCGCAUAUUUAGAAUUUUUUCAAGGAAAUGAGGACAAAUGCUCCUGAUUGGCCAGAUUUUUAUUUGAUCGGCAAAAAGUCAUGAUUGCCGAUCACCAUGACCGGGAAUGUUGGGAACAUUAUUUUGAGCCCUGUAAUACCAUCAUCACCUAUAUCACCAUAAAGAUCAUUAUGAACCCAACCACUAUCACCUCUAUCAUUAUCACAUAAUCUUCAUCAAUAUGAUCCACCUGAAUAGCAUUACCAUCAAUAGACCACCAUCAUCACCACUCCUAUAUUCAUCACCACCACCACCAUCUUCAUCACGACCACCAUCAUCACGACCAUUGUCAUCACAACCACCAUUAUCAAAAUCAUCAACCACCAUCAGCACCACCAUCAGCACCACCACCAUCUUCACCACCAUCAUUAUCAUUACCACUUUCCCUUUUACAGUGUUAUACCAUUUUUCAGAAACACAAUAAGAAUGUUUGAUUUAUUUUGCUAGGCCCCCAAAUGGUUCACUGCUUCUUUACAACAGAAAUAACUUGAAGGUAAUUAUUUUGAAUUCUUUCAACCCCUCCUCUCAAAUCACACUGGUGAUGUACAACAGGCUCAUUUUUCCAAGAGUCUUCCAAUGAGAAUUUGACAGCUUUGGCUUUUACACAGUGCUGCCAAUUUUGUAUCAGAUGUCCACUGACAAUAUGAGCCCAUACAAUGUAGGAGAAAAUUUUGACUGUGACCUGGUGUUAUACCUUCUAUCCGACAUCUUCAUUUUCUAGACAAGGUCUUACCACAAUGAUAAGUAUAUUUGGAAAACACGAAAGAAUAGCAAGUCAUCAGCAAGAGUUGAUCAUUCCAGUCUCAGGAUCAGAGGCAUUGAGGUAAGCAAACAGAUGAAGUUGAAUGCUUGGAAUUAAACACAAGCUCGGAAAUAGUUCACAUGAAUAACUGUAUUUAUUUCUAUAGUGUAUUUAUUGUUCUUAUGUGCACUCAGCGUUAGUGCCAACAUUUCAUCGAAGAUGUUAUUGGCUAUUAGAGGUAUGUCAUUGCUUCACAUUACAAUACAGAUACAUAACAUACAAUUUUCAUUUGAAGACUUUCGAAAUAAAUACUUCAAUCAAUUAGUUUAGAUAGGAAGUGAGCAAUGGUUUUGAGCUAGCCACUGGUACUUGAUAUAAUUUAUAAGUUCGUCAUGGACAGUGCUUUUUGAGAAUGCCAUUACAAUUACAUUUAUUUGGAGGCAUAUACUGUAUAUAUUAUAAUUUGCUAUAAUUUUUUGUAGAAUCCUGACAUUGUGCUUGUUCAUUAUCUUAACAUCCCAGACAAGACAACGACUUUUGAUGAUCUUGUGACAUCCUUACUACCAUAUAAAACAUUGACCGAACAUGAAUUAUUUUGCGAAUUACAACCAAUCUGUAAGUUACCAACAUUUAAAACAAUCUUUAUGUCGCUUAUAUAUUGAUUCCUAGUUUGCCCAAAGUACUGUAUGUAAUUUUGUAUAUUGCUUAAAAUUUCUUUCUAGUGGCUAGCAGUGAAGAUGGACGAAAUAAUAACACGGUAUGUUUUGUGUUACACUCAUCUCAACUUUUAAGAACAAGGAACAAGUGCUGUUGGUUAUAUUUUCAUUUCCUCUUCUUAGAUCAUACCAGUCGAUGUCAACAAACUCAUAUCGGAGGUUAGAAAGUACAAGGAGCCUAAAACAAAGGGAAGAAGAGCCAAUCAGAGGAAAACAUCUGGAAGCAAUAAAAAAGUCGCCGCAUCGUCCACUUUACCAAAGUCUUUAGAAGCGACUCCCAAGGGUUCCCAUGAUUUGGACAAAUGUACAAACUGUAAUAGAUACUACACUACGAAAUGCCCGACAACAUCAACCUCUUCGCGCACCAACGUUGCUGUCACUAUAAACCGACAGACCGGCUCGACAUCUCGUGCCAAACCUCCUGUUGCUGAUGGACAUUGCUCUACACAAGUCAGUUUUACUACAGAAUCAAGUGGAAGUAACACCCCCGGGCAAACUCUGGUAUCGACCAGCUCUUUGCUACAAAAUCCUGUUCAACAAAAUUUUCUACCAGGUUGCUCAGUCCCAUGUGUUACCUCUAACGAAGGCAUUUUAACUACAGGCCUAAUUGGACAUAAUCAUUCUUCUAAUCAGAUGUACCCUUGUCAUGACUUACUCCAUCGAAGUCCAUAUUCACAUAACUCGAACAACACGUCGUCAAAUGGUUGUCAUGGUUAUACAAGUCUUCCAGUAACGUUAGAAGCAAACCCUUGCAUGUUGGAUAACGACCUUAUGGUGUUAGAUUAUGAUGGAAUGAACUUAGUCCAAAGUAACCAAACAGAGAACGACUUCGCAAAAGCGUUGAUGAAUGAAAGUGAUAUUAGUUUAUUUGAGAAUGAUUUGUUAAAUUAUUUACCCGAUUAUCUGCCCGACUUUCAACCUAGUUUACAAAAUGGUCUUGGGCUAAUAUCGUCCAUGACAACAGCUCCAUCUCAAGUCACAAGACAAGUUAUGUCAAGUCAAAUUGGUUCACCAAGCUAUUCACAUUAUGGAAAUCUUGUUCAGCAAUCAACUACAAUAAAUAAUAACAUAGUCCCAAGAAUUGGUCGAACAUUAUGUAGUCCAACUGAAAUGAUAACAACGGAUUGUCAUACAUUUAAUAAUCUUACACCUUCUGUAUUGCAUUCGAGGGCAACUAUUGACGGUUUGUUGCAUAAUGGUCAUCAAUGCCCUUCACAGGACCUGUCCUUGAGAGGACAUGUGAACAUGUUUGAGAUGGGCGUGCCUGGAGCGGAAGUGGGUGUGUCUCAAAUUAGUGUUUCUGACGUUGGUGUGCCCCAAGUUGGUGUGUCUCAGUUUGAUGUGCCCCAGGUGUCUGGGGCGGGUUCAUCCAACGUGGUUGGGGCUCAAGAAAGUACUUCCCAACCUCAGAAAGGUGUGUCUAUGGUGGAGAUGACAAAGUUAGACGGGACAAAUGAAGGUGUUUCCAACGUGGUUGUGGCUCAGAGAAAUGUUCCCCAAGCUAGUGUGUUUCAAUUAGAUAUAUCCAGAGUGGGAAUGUCACAGUUCGGCGGAUCAAAAGAAGCUGAUUCCAGCGUGGAAACAAUUGAGGAAGCUCUGCCCAAUGUUUGUGUAUCGCAAAUGGGUCUGCGUGGUGCAGGGACGGUAAACGACACUGGGGCUCAGUUAAGUGUCUCCCAAGCCGGUACGUCUCAAUUUAAUGUGUCUGGUAUGGGGAUAUCACAAAUAGGUGUGUCCCACGUGCAAACCACACUGCCCAAUGUUGGUGCGUCUCCUACAAACAUGUCUGCAAAAGGUACCUCUCAAACGUCUUCUCGUACGUCAACGCAAAGUACUCCUGAAGCCACAGGACAUCUUUCAGAAAACAUCAUAACAGAAAACAUCAUAACAGAAUUCUCACCUGAGUGGUCGUACUCCGAUGGGAGAACGAAGAUCCUUAUUCUAGGUGACUGGUCACGUAAGAACGGCCAGUACUCCUGUCUUUUUGAUGGCUGUUCAGUGCCCGCAACAUUGAUCCAACCUGGUGUGUUAAGAUGUUUCUGCCCACCUCAUGAGCCCGGACUGGUUUCCCUUCAAGUGGCUUGGAAUGGAUUCAUCAUCAGCAAUGCUUGUGUGUUUGAGUACAAGACGCGGGAAAAUGCCACAAACUCCGCCUCUGAUUGGCUAGACACCAGCGAGGAAGACCUAAAGAAGAUUAUCCUCGAGAGAAUUGAAAGACUUGAGGGUAUAUUGGGGAUAGAUGUGUCAUCUGGGAUUAGUGCGGGUGAAGAAGGAGCAAUCGAAAGCAAACUGGGUACAAUUGAGGAUAGAUUAGUGAGGAUAUGUGAAGUACUUCUUGGGCAACCCGGAGCGUGUCAGCUUGCAGAUACGGAAACUGGGCCUAAAGGGCUCACCCUGCUGCAUCUAGCUGCUGGUCUUGGCUAUACCAAACUCAUUCGCUCCUUACAAAACUACGCGUUCUCCGAGAAGUCGCGCAGUAUGAGGACUGGGAGCGAAGGUUCUGACCGCAUGUCAGAAACUGCUGACAGCAUCAAACAGUCUACCAAAUGGACUCCGCACGCCAAGGACUCCUUUGGCUGUACGCCGCUGAUGUGGGCUUGCUGGCGCGGUCAUCAAGACGCAGCGAUGACGUUGCUGGCAUGGCAACCGUCGUCAUACAGCGAUUGUGAUCAAAGAGGACGGUCUGCGAAGGCAAUAGCGCAAGAAAUGGGUCACGUGGCGUUAGUACGUCAAAUGGAAGAGUUUAUGUGUGGGGAAGACAUGUAGUAAGUAGAUCGUAUUACUCAGGACUUAAAUUUACCAUAUUUUUGUGUAGUGUGCAGUAUAACAGUCGCCCAUCGGCCAUUCUUCGUGUGAAACGCCAAUAUGGCCGUCUACUGAUUGCUCUGCAUGGACAUUCUGAGGGAUUAAUUUGAACAAUUACUCCCUCAUUCUCGUGAAAAUAUGCAAUUGAACUAAUUACAAUGCAAUUGAGUUCUAUUGUCAGACUAAGUUUGGGAAUAAUAUUGAAGGAGUCCGUGAACUGGGAGGAGCACAAAUUCGUAUCCAUGUUUACGCUUAAAUGAUAAAAUCCUUCAACUAUUGUUUUAGGGAUAUAUGAUAACGCACACUCAUAAUCGUGGCGUCAAAGGAAAAUGGUCUUUCAAUUUCUUGAACACAUCUCUUUUAUUUUCAACAGUUCUUUGGUGAUGGAAAACUCGCCCCAAUCGCCAAGCAGUUCCUGCGCAUAUCUCUCGGUUUCAUCGAAUGAGCUGGUUCCGCAAUCCCCAAUGUCAGCGGAUUCGUUGACAUGGGAGAGAGUUGAGGGAGUCGCCGAAUCUUCACCUGAUUUUGACAUGGCCAGCGUGAUUUCAGAAGGUAAGGAAAUGUUUUGAAAUAAUCUUUUUCUACGAGGUUGUGUCUAAUCAUGGCACAUAAUAGAAUAGUCAGUAAGUGACCAUACUACACAAUGAGCUGUUGGUAGCACAAUCAGUCGCUUAAUUAAUUGCUUACUCUCUUUAGUCCAUCAGCAUUACUUACCCUAACCUGGAGGAUCGAGGUGUUUCCUGUUUCGCUGAGGCUGUAGCCUGCACUCAGGCGCAGCUGGCCAAGCUUGCACCCACCAUGCCUAUAAAACUCACCUGAAAACCUCUGAACCCAGGGCAUAUUUACCCUGUCUAAAUUCGAAAUACUACCAAUAUAGUCAGUGGUGUAACUUAACGGUUUUAACCACUUGCGAUUUGGGCUAGUUAAACGUGAAAAUUGGUUGCCCGGAAUAAAACUCACUUGCCAUCAGGUCUAGUUUUGCCCUCACAUAUUAACACAAUUUGAAGCGAAUGAUUGCAGCAAGGAUUGAUUAAUCAACAUUCUAAUCUUAACCAAAUAAUUUGAAGACUUAAUAUAAAGAAUCAAAAACAAAAUGCAUAACAAAUGCUUAAAGUACCAUUUUUAAUCACACUUAGCUUAUAAUUCCUGCAGUCCGAAAUAAAUUGACAGCCCGGAAAAUUUCCGACUCGUGUUACAUAAACAAGCAAACAAUUUUAUGUAGCACUUAAUUUCUGGCAAAACAACUUCAACCCGUUUGGGCAACCAAGAAGCAACUUCUACUUGCUUGUUAUACCACUGAUAGUUAACGUUGAUCGUCUCUAUUUAGAACGACCUAACACUCUUGGCAAGGUUCUGGUCGAGAUACGUGCUCUAAUACAACAAGCUGAGGAAAGAGCGAUGUCUUCUCUCCAUACCCCCAGUAACUCAGCGCCGUUUGCUCUUGGAUUCACCGGCUUCUCCGACUUGCCUCCCGACGAAGGAACCUCGGACAUCACAUCAGAGCCAGAAUUUGGACCUAGGACCCCACAUUAUGACACGCUCUCCAUAGACUCGUCACCAAUCCGCACCCCGUCAUCGCAUUCGCCUGGUUCUCCGAGCAUUCGAAACUCGCCCCAGUCUACAGGAACAGACACCUCGGAGUUCGAGGAAUUCUUGAGUAAACCACGACAGUUCUUAGAAAGAGAUUUCUCUGAGUUAACUUUAACUGGUAAGGAUACACAUAAUCCCAAAAUAUACAUCGUAUAGGCAACAGGUAAAAAGUCAACAACUGAAAAUUUCUAUAGGAUUUUACUUGAAUUGAAUACUGAAACGUAAUAUUUUAUUCUCGGAAUUUUUCCAAUUUUUCAUUUUAGAUAUUGAACAACAGGAGCUUCUACAAGCUGCAAAAAUCAUUCAAAAUGCUUACCGACAGUUUAAGGUAAUGGCUCAUCCAGAAUGUAGAAAUCUAGUAUUUUUAGCAAAAAAUAUCUGUGAUAUAUUAUCAAAGAUAUAAUCAGUUGAACAAGCGCGAAAAUCAGGGACUGAUCUAGAAUAUUUUUAAAUUUUAGAUUCGAAAGAAGCAACACAUCGACGAGUUGAAAGCAGCAGUUCUUAUUCAGAGCUACUAUCGUCGUUAUAAACAGGUUUGUGCCCGGUACUACGGGUUUUCCUCUUUAGUAAAACUUGAUCGAUAAGGGAUGUCCCUUACUGAACUUUUGGGAAAACAGUUUUAAAAUGAUAAAGCUACAGUAUCCAGUAUUAGUUUUGUUUUGUACUGUAAUAACACUUGCUCAAUAAAGGUCCAUUUCCACAUUUUGAAAGUUUUCCGCGGAAAGAAAAAUUUGAAAAAUGUGAUUGGCCGACCAAAUUUUGAAGUUGAAAAUUUUCUACUUUUAAUUAACAAUGAUAUUUUCGGAAAAUUUUCUGUCCGUGGAGACUUUUCUUGAGUGGAAGUGGAUGACCAUUACUGGAUAACUGUGGAAAGUAGGUUCGAAUUGAUACGUCUAUCCAGUAUAAAUACAGUUAGUUUAGGUUUCCUCCUUUAUUUAGCAACACUGGACUAAAAAUGGACUUAUAGGCGGCACUUAUACUUGGUCUCUAGGGAGAACAGUUUAGAACUCAUAGAGCUAUCCAGUGUAAAUAAAUAAACUUAAUUUAGAUUUAGGUUAACAUAUACUACUCCUGCAUGAUCUAAAUAAUCAAAACACGUGAAACACGGUGUUCAUUAUUUCCACGGUGUUCAUUAUGGUGAAACACGGUGUUCAUUAUAUAGUUCGCGCUGUAUAAAAGAAUCACAAAAGCUGCAGUUCUAAUCCAAAACAGCUAUCGUGCUCACAAGGAACAUGAACAGUUUAAACGAAGUCGUCACGCAGCCGCAGUUAUCCAGACAUAUUUCAGACAUUACCGCAAGAGAAAACAAAGGCAUGCCGAGGAUGAUGCGCCUGGGAAGAGACUGGGGACGAAAUAUCUAAAAUCAUCCUACGAAAAAUAGGUAGGUGUGGUCAAAGCAGACCAACUCAUAUGGAGAAAGUGGAGCUGUAUAAACCUGGAGUUACUGCCUUUAACAAUUCGAAAAAUCGCCCCUCCCAAUAAUUUCUGAAAGACUUUGAAAUUUGAUUGAUAUCUGAAUGACUGUGUAACAAAGCUGUCGCAAUAAUUUUUCAACCAUGCACGGUAGACUUAAAAUAAGCAUAGUUUUGUAGAUGGAAAUUUCUGUUGUACUGGAAAAAAAUUGUGAAAUCCCGCACGCUAUGAAAUUUGCAAUUACACCACCAAAUCCACAGUAUUUCCAUACUAUUUCCAUAGUAAAGGAUUUUGAAAAUAAAUUCCAGUGUUAGUCAUACUACGUAUACAGUUAUAGUGUUCCGGUGCCCCAAAUCCUCAUAUUUGAGCAUGAAGUUUAAUAUGACCUAAUCUAACUAGGAGAGAACACAUUAGAUCGAUGAAAUACACACUUUUUACUUGAUGCUGUAAUACUGAUUGGAGUUUUUUUCCAAAAUAGGUAAAGGAUCGUCACUUUUUCAAAACUAUUGAUCAGUGCAGAUACGGGUAACUAUAUAAUUAUAUAUAAAGGUUGUAUGAUACGUCUCAUCGAUGUAAAUAUAUAUUUAAAUUAAUAUAAGAUAUUAAGUUAAAUCGCGAUGUAUAUAAUGAUUGAACCCUGAGUGUAUAAUUUAAUUUGAGGGCGGCCACAAAAGUAUGGAACAAUGCAGGCCAAAAAUUUAAACGAUAAACAGGCUUUAAAUUGUUGAGUUUGAUAUUUUAUACAUAAUAGACAUGGAGGGAAAUAUAUCACUGAGCAUUCAUUGGAUAUAAAAUAAAAUAAAUUCAGGAGAAAUGCAUCUUGAAGAUACAUGUGCUUUUAUACUAGUGAAUACAAAAGCGAUCACGUGAUAACAAUAAACCAAUCCAAUGGGUUUAGUCAAAACAAAGUUUUAACAAAUAACAUUUUUACAUGUCUAAAACAUAUUACAGUUUAAAUAUGGAUGAAGCGCGGUCUUGCAGGUAAAGGCAUAAUGAAAGGAGUCGUUCUCUGACCAAAAAUAAUAUAUACUAACCUAGGUUGUGUUACAUAAUAGAUCAGGAAUUAUGUAAGACAACCUAAGUAUAUAAGCUCGCUAUUUUCAUUAGUCCUGUACCUGUAGAAGACCAAAGUCAGUGGCCGAAAGCUCGUCAAAAUAAAUUAUUUUUGGUCAGAGAACGACUCCUUUUAUUAUAUUACAGUUUGUUUUGACUAAAUUCAUCCGAUUGGUUUAUUUUUAUCACGUGGUCGCUUUCGUAUUCACUACUAUAAAAACCCCUCGCUACCAACUUCCAGACGAAAUGCCUUCGCUUGAAAUGUCCAAGUUCUUUUUUGUAUUUUUCAGAUAGUUGCAUCAUUUUCAGAGCUCGAGCCUCGAAGUUUGACAGUAAAAUACAAUAACUUAUGUUGUAGUAUAGCGUAACUAUUUAUUUAUUGAUUGUAUAAUGUACAGAUAUUUAUCGAUUACAUUCUCAAACUCAUCAAAAUAUUCGCCAGGUUAUUUUAAAGGAAAUACCUUGGUAAGUGUUUUGCAAACAAUAUGGCGGCCAACAAGAAAAUGGCGGUAAAAUUAGAAAGAGAAAAAACGUGUACAUGCGGUCUAUAAAAAAUUGCCCUAUUCAAUCAGGAACGUGCUAUUUUUUUAAUACGAAUCCUCUGCUGGCC